AUGCGCGAAAUAGUUCACCUUCAGGCCGGCCAAUGUGGUAACCAGAUUGGGGCCAAGUUUUGGGAAGUGAUUUCCAACGAGCAUGGCAUAGAUCCUUGCGGACAAUCUAUUGGAGAUACGGACAUGCAGUUGGAGAGAAUUAACGUGUACUAUAACGAGGCGUCUUCCGGAAAAUAUGUCCCGCGCGCCAUACUGAUUGAUCUCGAGCCCGGAACGAUGGAUUCCGUACGUGCUAGUCCAUAUGGGCAACUGUUCCGUCCAGACAACUUUGCGUUCGGUCAGUCCGGCGCCGGGAACAACUGGGCUAAAGGACAUUAUACCGAGGGAGCCGAGCUGGUCGACUCCGUGUUGGAUAUCGUUCGCAAGGAGGCCGAAGGUUGCGAUUGUCUGCAAGGUUUCCAGCUAACUCACUCGCUGGGCGGAGGAACCGGAUCCGGAAUGGGAACGCUCCUCAUCUCUAAGAUCCGCGAGGAAUAUCCGGACCGUAUAAUGAAUACAUUUUCGGUCGUCCCGUCGCCGAAGGUUUCCGAUACUGUCGUGGAGCCAUACAAUGCCACGUUGAGUGUUCAUCAGCUGAUUGAAAAUACGGAUGAAACUUACUGCAUCGAUAACGAGGCUCUCUACGAUAUCUGCUUCAGAACGCUGAAGCUGACCACACCAACGUACGGCGAUUUGAACCAUCUGGUCUCGGCCACUAUGUCCGGCGUCACGACUUGUCUUCGUUUUCCCGGCCAGCUGAACGCUGACCUACGUAAGCUGGCUGUUAACAUGGUGCCGUUUCCUAGAUUGCACUUUUUUAUGACCGGAUUUGCCCCGCUCACCUCCCGCGGUGCUCAGCAGUAUCGCGCACUUACCGUCCCUGAACUAACUCAGCAAAUGUUCGACGCUAAGAAUAUGAUGGCGGCGUGCGAUCCUCGUCAUGGUCGUUAUCUCACCGUGGCUGCUAUUUUCCGGGGCCGCAUGUCGAUGAGGGAAGUUGAUGAACAAAUGGCCAACGUGCAAAACAAGAACAGUAGCUACUUCGUCGAGUGGAUCCCGAACAACGUUAAAACGGCCGUUUGCGAUAUUCCGCCAAGGGGCUUGAAGAUGUCGUCUACUUUCAUUGGAAACUCUACGGCAAUACAAGAGAUUUUCAAACGCAUCACCGAACAGUUUACGGCCAUGUUUCGACGCAAAGCAUUUUUGCACUGGUACACUGGCGAGGGAAUGGACGAGAUGGAGUUUACGGAGGCGGAAAGUAACAUGAACGAUCUUGUGUCCGAGUAUCAGCAGUAUCAGGAAGCUACCGCUGAUGAAGAAGGGGAGUUCGACGAGGAGGAAGAAGCCGCAGAGGAUUAA